CGCGACUCCGAGGCUCCGUGGCUCCGUGGGGGGCGGAUCUGAAGCCGCGCGGGCCGAGCGACGGAAAGAGAAAAAAAAAAUAAACCCCAAAACUGCGUUCCGGCGUGAGGGGCGUGGCGAAGGCGUCGGAGGCGUGGCCAAGAUGGCUGCUCGCAGAACCCCCCCGUGGUCCCAGGGCUAACGCGGGAUUGCGCAGCAUGCUCGGGACGCUGUUGGGGUAGGGUCCGGCAGCGAUGCGGAGCGUGAGCAGCGGAGAGGCGUCGGCCACCAGGGAAGAUAGGCCUCCCCCCUCCCCCGACCACGCGCUGCCACGGGCCAGGGGAUGCGGCCGCGAGCACUUGGCCUGAGUGUGGCCGCACUCUCCGCCAGGCGUCUCUGAACAAUGGGGGGCAAGCAUCAGGUCCUGGCCCCGUGAGGGCCGCCGGACGGCUGCAGCACCCCCGGAGGCUGUGCGCUUACAGGCAGAGUAGCCGUUGCAGAGCUCGCCGGCGGUGGGGGUGGGGGGCUCCCAGGUCCCGAGCCCGCGGGUGCAGCGCGCGGGCAGCCACGCAGAUGUGCGCGGCGCGUGUCCCCCGGUUAUGCAAGGGGCUCUGGCCGUAGACGAGCGUGGGGCCGCGUGGCUCCACACACUCCCUGCCACUCAGCUCCUACGAGCUUUUUUUUUUCUUUUUCCUUCUUUUUCAUCCCACUCUGGGGCUGGAGCGAAGAAAACUCCAAAAUAGAAAGGGUGCAGGUGGCAUGAUUUACAAAGUGCUGCCGAGGCUGCCGAACCUUUCGCCUCGUUCUCAGUGUAAUCGUUCCCUUUCCCCAUUGUUGCCGUGAGGGUGUGCAAAAGACGGAGGGGUAAUGUGAAAGUGGCCAACUUCGGGGGGGAGGGGCGCCAAAAGUGUAGCUCUUUUCUCUGGGUAGAAAGAAGACCGAGUUGCUUCCCACUUUCCUUUCUUCCUUGAUUGGCGACCUGGCCGUUUCCACUCUGCUCUUUUUUUUAAAAAAAAAAAAAAACCUUGCUGGACAAUGGAGUGAAGCUGUAAAUCGGUGGCGAGGGAAUCGGCCCCACACCCUCCCCUGGGCGGAGCUUGCAACUCCCUCAGAAUGGUCACUGUUUUCAACCUGCAGAUCGUAGACAUAGAGAUGAGACUCUCCUCUUCCGAGACAAGGAUUUAAAUGUUUCCAAGCUUCUUAAGUUCCUGCAAACUAUUGGGGAACUGAUCAAGAUUUCAAGCUAAAGAUGAAGGUGACAAAUAGCCUCCGAUUCAUUCUUCAAAUGGAUUCAUUCAUCUCGCCGUGAAGAAGAUUCCAGAUCCCAGGGUCCUUGCCAGCGAGGCCCUGCAGCCUCUAGAAGUGCAUGUAUAAAACCCGGAUCUGUGCCUUUAGGAAAACAUCACCGAGAGCUGCAGGAAUUGGUGAAUGCUUUGCCAUCCAUCAAACAUAAGGAUACCCUUGUGGAGUUGCGCUCAUUCGACCCUUCCUGCCUGAUGCCAUCCUGCCCGGAUUACUGCCUGGAUCUGGAUCAUUAAGAAGCAGUCUGUAGCGGUCCAUCAAAAUCAGGACCCGCGAGAAAUCGAUCAACGCUUCCCCCUUGAAUGUCGAGUUCUGAGGCCCCGGCCCCGGAACUCCGUGCCUGAAACCACCGCGGACCCGCGGCACUCUCGUUGCCAGGGAGCUCGGGCCCCAGAGGGCUUGUGCGUGUGGGACCCCUGCCGGGCGACGGCCACGCGCCCCCGUCGACUUCCUCCACACCCGAGCGCGAGCCGCGACCAUGGGCAACUACCUUAGCCGCCAGCUGGGCAGCUACCUCAACCGGUACACAGACAGCACCAAGAGUGCUCUGCUGCCCGUGCGCCAGCAGCACCGGUCCACCCAGACCCGGGCUGCCUUCGGGCCGCUGGAGGAGGCCCAGUGCCUCGCCCUCCCCCGGCGCCUGCGCUUCCGCGUGCAGACCCCGCCCCCGCUGGAGGACCCGCCCGACCUGGUCCACAGCCGGGAGGAGGCGAUGCAGGGCCUGGAGCUGUGGCGGCCCAUCCUGGAGCCGCCCGUGCCCUGCACUUUCCUGGGCUUGGAUGGCGCCGGAGAGCAGCUCCAGGGGGUCCUGAAGCCCAUCCUCCUGCGGCCCCCGCAGUGCCCGUACUCCCAGAGCCUGGCAGACAUCACCCCUCCUUUCCCCGACAGUUCCGGGGAGGGGGAUUCUCACUGCACCGGGCACCUGAGCAUCCAUUCUGAGGAGGCUCCGCCCAGGACCCCUUCCGGCUACCGGAAAGGGAAGAGGAGGCUUGAUGGUCCUGAGGGCUUUGGGAGUCCCGAGGCCAAGAAAAGGAGGCUCAACCCCGAGUUUUCACCCUCUGCCUUCAGGCCAGUGUGGAAAGAUGGGAUGGUCCGCAUGUUCGUGCCCCAGCCUGGGCCGCUGAGGACCACCUUGUUCCCUUAUAAUAAUAUGAUCUGACGAGUUUAGACACGCUGGGCUCCCCCUUCUGCCGAGACACCCCCAGCCCAGAGCAUUCGCACAGAGUCCCCCGCAGCCACCCACCUCCUUGAACCCUGACAAAGCUGUGCCAAGUCCCCAGACCCCCAUCUCUGACCCCUGCGACCCCAACUUAAGACCCACUGUGGAUGUCACCUCCUACGCUUCUUUCUCUCUGCGCUCCUCGCACCCCUUCCUGUGAGAUCAGAGGGAGACAUCCCGAUUGUUUUUUGCUUUGUUCGUUUGUUUGUUUGUUACUUGUUUUUGGGGCCAUACCCGGUGGUGCUCAGGGCUUACUCCUGGCUCUGAGCUCAGGGAUCACACCUGAUGGGGCCCAGGGUGGUCGUAUGGGAUGCUGGGAUCUAUCCCGGGUCGGCUGUGUGCAAGUCAAGCGCCUUUCCUGCUAUACUAGUUCUUUGGCCCCCAAGUUGUUCUUCUAGAAAAUAAAGUUGGUUUUGUUGUGA